CGAGAAUACGACGACGACUUGGGGAUCGAUUCGAGUACUUCCGUUGUACUGUUCUGUCCGUGCAAAGCUUUAGUUCGCGUUCAGCUUUCUCGGACGACGAAGAGAAUGGCGAAGGUACGGUGCCAGAGGAUCGGAUGCGACGCCUUCUUCUCCGAGGACGACAAUCCCGAAGACUCCUGCCGAUAUCACGACGCCGGGCCUAUAUUUCAUGAUGGGAUGAAAGAAUGGAGUUGCUGCAAGAAAAGAAGUCAUGAUUUUAACCUGUUCUUGGAAAUUCCAGGAUGCAAGACAGGCAAACAUACAACUGAGAAACCAGUUUUAACAGUAAAGCCAGUGGCAACUCCUAGGGCUUCAAUUCCUGUUGCCAGUCCAGCUUCUGCAACUAACCAAUCGACCAGAGAAUCUUGCUCGCGGUGUCGGCAGGGUUUCUUCUGCUCCGAUCACGGUUCACAGCCAAAAGACUCGGUAAAUGUUGUGACACCUGCACCAGUUGAAAGUGAUAAAAAGGAACAUGUAUCUUCUCCUCCAGCAAAGAAGAUAGUUGAUAUAAACCAGCCUCAAAUUUGCAAAAACAAGGGGUGUGGUCAGACUUUUAAAGAAAAGGACAAUCACGAGGCAGCAUGCAGUUAUCACCCCGGGCCUGCCAUUUUCCACGACCGUAUGAGAGGGUGGAAAUGCUGUGAUAUCCAUGUGAAGGAGUUCGAUGAGUUCGUGAGCAUCCCCCCGUGCACCAAAGGAUGGCACAAUGCCGAUCCAACAUCCUAAGGAUCAAUACGGGGUUCUCUCUUUUAAUUUAUACUUCGAGUAUCAGCAUAUUGUUGCUGCUGCAACUGUAUUUUAUGAGGAAACCUGAGUAUUGUCCUUCAUGAUUAUUAGCGUUUCCCUUGCAUUGUAUCAGAACACCACCUACUGAUGGUCUGAAAUACGCAUGGAUCUUUGGUGUUGCCUACUGAAACCCGAACCGUCUCUUUUAAGAAAUUCAGUGGUUUGGACCUCUC